AUGGUGUUUAUUGACUUUGAGAAGGCUUAUGACAAAGUCCCGAGGGAUGUGCUAUGGAGAUGUUUGGAGGUUAGUGGAGUCCUGGUAGCGUACAUUAGGGUGAUUAAGAACAUGUACAAAGGUGCUAAGACUCCGGUGAGAACUGAGAGAGGAGACUCGAAAUAUUUCCCUGUGGAGAUGGGGUUGCAUCAAGGAUCGGCCCGUAGCCUAUUUUUGUUUGCCCUAGUGUUGGAUGUGCUGACAUGUUACAUACAAGUGAGGGUGCCAUGGUUUAUGUUAUUUGUUGAUGACAUAGUACUGAUUGACGAGAUGCGAGGGGGCAUUAACGCUAGGUUGGAAGUUUGGAGACAAAUGCUGGAGUCUAAAGGUUUCAUGUUGAGUAGGUCGAAAAUUAAAUAUUUGGAGUGCAAGUUCAGUGAUGAGAGGCAUGAAGAAGAAGUGGAAGUGAAGAAUGAUACUCAAGUCAUUCCCAAAAGAGAUAGUUUCAAGUAUAUUAGGUCUAUAAUCCAAGGCAACAAGGAGAUUGACGAGGAUGUUACGCACUGCAUUGGAGUGGGGUGGAGAAGACGAAGGCUAGCUUCUGGGAUUUAUGCGAUAAAAAUAUGCCGCCUAGACGUAAGGGAAAAUUCUACAGGGUGGAAUAACAAGAUUAGGAAUGAAGUUAUUAGGGACAAGGUGGGAGUGGCAUCUAUGGAAGACAAGUUGCGGGAAUCGAGGUUGCGAUGGUUUGGGCAUGUGAAGAGGAGAGACAUAGAUGCCCCGGUCAGGAAGUGUGAGAGGUUGACCAUGGCGGGCUUGAGGAAGGGCAGGGGUAGGCCUAAGAGGACUAUGUCGAAAAUUGAGGAUUUGGACUAUGGAUACACAGGGCAGCAGAAUUCUACCACUAGCAUCGUCAGUUCUUAG